AUGGUUCACCCGAAGGAAGAAGGAUACGCAAAGGGAAAGCAUGGGGUCCCCGAAACCAAAGGAACCGAAGUAGGAUCAACCAAGAAAAAUAUCACCCGCAAGAAUGACCAUGAUCCAAGCAGAAAAGAGAAGAAACAACAUGGCGGCGGCGGUGGCAAGGGAAAGUGGGACGACUUGGACGAUGGAUCCAUGGACAACGCUUGA